UUUCGCGCGACGGCCGACGAAUCCAAACAAAACAAACAAAUUGACAGCAAUCGGUCGGCGUCCGUUAGCAGUUUCGGCAGUUUUUUUUUCGCAAUCCUGUUAAAACACGGUUUUUACGAUUAAAUACAGUUCGCUUCUGGUCGUGUCCACUGAAAAUCAGUACAAAACACAGUUAAAUUAGUUUAAACUCGUUAAAAUACAAUCAACAUUCGAUAAUGAGUUCCCGAAAGCGUGGAGCAUCGCCGGAUACUUCUUCGUCCCGGAAACGGAGCCGCAUCCGGAAGGUCAGCACUAGUAGCAGCAGCAGCGAUAGCGAAAGCGAGGAGACGGGAUCGAAAUCGAGCCAACAGGUGCAAAUUGUGGCCCCUCAGGCGGAUAAGGUAGAGCGAGCUAUCAUCCACGACAUCGAGAAAUACGUACGGAGCGGCAAGAUACUGAAAAUGCAGCUGAAGAAUUUCAUGUGCCAUCGGAAUCUGGUGGUGGAGUUCAACAAGCGUGCCAAUCUGCUGGUGGGAAACAACGGCAGCGGAAAAAGUGCGGUCUUGGCGGCUCUCACAAUUGGCCUCGGCUGCAGUGCCAAUCUCACCAAUCGGAGCAGCAGCGUCAAACAACUCAUCAAGCAUGGAGAAACGCAAGCUUCCAUUGAGAUCCACCUGGGGAACGAUAGUUUCGACGCGUAUGAGCGAGAUGUGUACGGGGACAGAAUCAUUAUUAUUCGCACAAUCAACGCCUCCGGAGCCACCAGCUACAAAUUGAAGAGCGAGCAAGGGCGAGUGAUAUCACAGAGCCGAAGCGAUCUGUUGAAGAUGAUUUUGUUCCUCAACAUCCAGGUCGAUAAUCCCGUUUGCGUAUUGAAUCAAGAUUUGGCAAGAUCGUUCUUGAAGGAUUCCGACGAAAAGAAGCAGUACAAUUUGUUCCUCAAAGCCACACAAAUCGAUUCCAUUACGGCCAAACUGAACGGUUGCACUCCCCAGUUGGAGAACGCCAAGCAUAAUUUGGAUUGCAACGAGAAAAGUUUGAAAUACAUUGAGCGGGAGAUCGAGGAGAUGCAACAAAAGUACGAAAAUUUGCAAUCGGUUGAGAAGUGGAAAGAUCAAGUGAAACUUGCCCGCCUGAAGUUGGGAUGGAGAGUGGUGAUUGAUCAAUUCACCGAAUGUUCCCAAGUGGAGGACAAGCUCCGUGAGAAGGUGAACACGAUGAAGGAGCACAUGAAUGCCAUCCAGAAUAGGGAGGCGCUCGAAGCAGAAAUCGACCGCGUAAUACAGCGCUUUCGAAACGAUAUCGACGCGAAGAAGACGGGCUUUGCAGAGGUAAAGGACAAGUACAUGCAGGCUAGGAGAGUGGGCCAGAGUUUACAGGAACAGUUGUCGGACAAGAGUCGUCAGAUGAAGAAGGUCAAGGAUCGGUUGGCACGACAAGCUGAGGACAUCAAGAAUCUGGAAGCGGACUUAAAACAGCGUAGCGAGUCGGGAUCCAAUCGCAUGGCCGAUGAAAAGCGUCGUAACGAGCAGCAGUUGUCUGAACUGAGCGAGAAAAAGCGCGAUUUGCAGGCAAUGGUGGAGAACGCUAAAAGAGAUGUGGAUAUUUUGCACAACACGCUGAACCAAAUCAGGGAAACUAAGGACGAGGCCAACAGUAAACGGGUUUCCAAGCAGCAUGAGCGAACGCGCACUGAAAUGCAGCUCCAGCAAUUCGAAAGCUCUUCCCGGGACAAUCUCUCAGUAUUCGGUCAAAAUAUGCCCGCUUUCGUAGCCAAGAUCAAACAAAUGCAUCAGCAAGGUCGCUUUACCGAGCUUCCUCGUGGUCCUCUAGGACAGUACAUCAAGGUAAAGGACAAGAAGUGGACUGCCAUGAUCGAAACCGUCAUUUCCCCCGGAAUACUGACAGCGUUCUAUGUGAAUUCGGACGCCGAUCGGAAUACACUGAACCAGCUGAUCCAACGAGAAUUCCCGGAAAUGCGGGGCCGUUCGAUUAUAACCAGCCGAUUCCACAAGGAAGUGUACGAUGUCCGCAGUGGACGCGUUGAAACGGUCCAGAAUGCUCACAUGCUGAUGAAUUUGAUCAAUGUGAGCGAUCCGGUGGUGAUGAACUGCCUGAUCGAUCAGAUUAAAAUUGAAACCAUCCUUGUCGUUGACGACCAGAACUUGGCAAUGGAUCUCACAAGCCACACGGAAAAUGUUCCGAAGAACUUGCAGAAAGUGGUUGUGAUGGAACCAUUUUCCGAAUUCUUCCCGAUGCCAAAUUACAGAAGCUACGGUCUGCAAAAGAAAUCGGCACGUUACUUGCAGGUCAACAUGACAGAGUUGAAGAAGCAAACCGAACGUCGAAUGCAACAACUGGAUCAGGAAUUGAACGAAAUCAAACAUCAAAUUGAAGAAGAAACGCGGAAGUUGGGUGAAAGAGAGCGAGCCUUGCAGGACAAGCAAAGGCAGAUGGCCAAGCAGCAGCAAGAAUUGAAUUCGUUGGAACUGAAAAUCAACGAGCUAAAAGCGAUUGAAUACCCAGCGGAAUCCGAAGACAUGACCCUCCAGAACGAGCUGGAAGAACUAAAAGCUUCGCAAAUCAAGCUGAACGAAGAACUGGAACAGGAAAAAUCCAAGCUGCAAUCAUCGGUGAACGAAAUAACCGAUCAAGAGCGGAUCAUACAGGAGAAGAAGGAUCACAUGACAAAGAUUGAAAGUGAGAUACAGGAAAUUCAGGACAAGAUCGACGCAGAAAUGCAAAAGCGACACGAUAUGCAGGCGAAUGCCAAAACUAAACAGCAACAAUUGAACCGACUACAGGAGGAAGUGCAAACCAUGCAAGCGGAACGCAAUGAACGGAAACAGGCGCUGGCAGCAGCGACAAGUGCUGCGCAGGAACUCGGAGAACGAGUUGAGGUGAAGGAAACGCAGGAGCAACUCAAGAAAGCCAUUUCGUCCACGGAGAAGCGCAUAAAGAACAUCAACUCGGCAAACGAUGACAUUGUCGAUGUGAAGGCCAUCCUGGAGAACAAGAUACUGAAACGGGACACUUCGCUAAGGUAUACGGAUUCCUUGAAGAAAAUUAUCAAGCUUCUGACGAAUUCCCGGUCGGCGCGCUAUGCGUAUCUUCACAAGCUCAAAUCGCACAUGUCUUUAAGGGUGAAGCACAAAUUCAACAUGGUGAUGCAGUUGCGAGGCUUCGUCGGGGAAAUUGUGAUGGACACGAAGAAUGGCACGCUUUCACUCUCGGUCGUUCCCCGCGACAAGAACAUCUCCAAUGCGGUUUGCAACACCAAGUCGCUCUCGGGAGGAGAACGGUCCUAUUCGACGGUGGCGUUCCUGAUUGCCCUCUGGUCCUGUGUCGAUACGCCGUUCUACUUCCUGGACGAGUACGAUGUGUUUACCGAUCAGGUCAAUCGGCACAUGAUGACCAUGUUGCUACUGAACGAAACCAAGAAGCGACCCGACCGCCAGUUCUGCUUCCUGACACCGCAGGAUAUGAGCAACAUUCAAGCGAGCGAUGACCUGACGAUUCAUCGGAUGGCCGAUCCGGAGCGGUGCUAGGAGGGGCGGUUGCCAGUGACUGAAAAGGUUUUAAGCCGGUGUUUUUUUUUUACUUAGAUUAGUUUCGAACUAUUCUAUUCAUUCCCAUUAAUUUUUGUCGCAGUUGCACUGUUCUUUCUUUUGAAUUCGUUACCAAAUAUGAAAACCUUCGUUAACAUCAA